ACAGUAGCUUGGACGAGGGAACAGGGUACCAUGUCAAGCACUGAAAUGUUUGUAAACCUGGGCUCAAGCAUCUAUUCAUCACUGAACAGUUUUACUUUUCAGUCAUUCAAACGGAACUCUAUCCCUAGCAUUCCUAUACACCUAAUCAUAUAGAGUACAUGAAGUGUUGUAUCUGCAGCAUUACUGAUGAAAACCUUUCCUACCUUAGUAUGACACAAUAGCUUAUUUAGACAUCCUGCAGUCAUACUGCGCCAUCUAGCGGAGUGAGAAGGAGUUGUAGGUAAGGGACUCAGAAGGGGAUGAACUUUGAAAUAGUUAACUAAAAUCGAAAGUAGCUUUCUGACAUUGUAUAAUCGAAGCCAGUCGCCAUUUCAGGGUGUGGGACAGACCUGGGAGUUAUAUGCUGUGUACUUUUAAAAAGGUAAAGAGGAAACUUAAUUAUUUUGGUCAGAAUUACCAAAUGAAGAUACUUUGCAUUGGGCUCAGUCUCGAUAUUAUUUGAUAUUAGCCGCAUUUCCAGAAACCAUGGCUGAGAAAUUUGAGAGUUUCCUGAACUGUCACGUCUGCUCAGAGACUUUCAGAGAUCCUGUGUCUCUGGGCUGCCACCACAGCUUCUGCUCCAGCUGUCUGACUAAGUUCUGGGAUCAGACUAAAAACAAGAACUGUCCAGUCUGUAAGAGAAAAUCCUCUAAAGAAGACCCAGGAGUAAACUUUACAUUGAAGGAUUUAGCUGACUCAUUUGCUGGGAGACAGAAAGCAGGAUCGUCUGAAGAGGAGAGGAGAGGGGGGGUGGAGGUGGUGUGUAGCAAACACUCAGAGGAGCCCAAGUGGUUCUGUGAGAAGGAACAGAGAGCUGUGUGUCACAUCUGUGAGUUCCCUGCCCACCACGACCACAAGGUGGUUCCUCUGGAAGAGGCAGUGAACAGCCUGAAGGAGAAACUGAAGGGUGACUUACAGUCUCUGCAGGACAAGCAGGACAAAUACAAACAUGUGGAGGAGACGUAUCAGGAAGUAGUGCAGCACUCUAAGAAGCAGCUGGUCACCACGGAGACACAGAUCAGGGUUCAGUUUGAGAAGCUGCACCAGUUCCUGAGAGAGGAAGAGGAGACCAGACUGGCAGCUGUGAGGGAGGAAGAGGAGGAGAAGGGGAAGACCAUCUCCAGAGAGAUGAAAAAGAUUCAGGCCCAGAUCUCCCUUCUCUCUGACAGCAUCUCUGCUGUGGAACAGCAGCUGCAGAAACAGAAGGUGUCGUUUCUCAGCAGCUAUAAACACACUCUGUCCAGCACCAGAGCCCAGGUCACACUGCCGGAUCCACAGCUGGUCUCAGGAGCGCUGAUAGACGUGGCCAAACACCUGGGCAAUCUGACCUUCAGAGUGUGGGAGAAGAUGAGGGGGGUGGUCAGCUUCACUCCUGUCAUUCUGGACCCCAACACUGCAGCUCCCUGGCUCUCUCUGUCUGAUGAUCUGACCAGUGUUAGAUACACGGACUCAGAGCAGCAGCUCCCUGACAACCCAGAGAGGAACACCAAGCACCCCACUGUUCUGGGUUCUGAGGGGUUCAGCUCAGGGAAGCACAGCUGGGAGGUGGAGGUGGGGGACCAUCCUGACUGGAAUAUAGGUGUGGCCAGAGAGUCAGUAGACAGGAAGGGAGAGAUACAAGCAUCCCCAGAGGAUGGACUCUGGUGUAUAGUGCUGAGGAGUGGUAAGUACACUGAUGGUCUGAGUAAGACUCUCCCUCUGAAGAGGAGACUCCAGAGGAUCAGAGUUCAGCUGGACUGGGACAGGGGGGAGGUGUCCUUCUACGACCCUGAAGACAUGACUCACAUCCACACUUAUAAAAACUCCUUCACUGAGAAACUCUACCCAUACUUCUCUAUUUCAAAAGCUGGUGAUGCCAAACACCCUGACCUAAAGAUCUGCCAAUCCGAUGUGUCUGUGUCUGUGAUGUCAUCCCAGUGAGGUGUGUGGUAGUUGUACCUGGUUGUUGUUGUUGAUGAUGAUGAUGAUGGUAGAACAUGCAGGAGGAAGAUCCCACCUAUCUGCUCUGUUGGUCACUCAGAUGUUAAAGUUUUGUAUUGAUACUGUUCACUGUGGCAAUAUACAAUAGAUGUUAUAUCAUAAUAUUUUGCACUGCAUCAUUACAAAUGAUUCUGUCCACCUGCACAUUUAAACUGAUUUUAAUUUGAUCAUUGGAAAACAUUGUUGAUGUUGCUCCACAUCACUAUUUGAAGAGUAUGCUAAAGCCCUGUAAUUUGAAAAAUGUAUCUGAAUAAAUCAUAGUUCUAUACAAUGUUUGGGAAGUGUUUUUCACCUAUUUACUUCAGUAACACAUAUCCAUGAUUACUCAUGACAUGUUUUUUAACUUUGGAAUUAACCCCAGAGGAGAGAGGUGUUCACAUGAUGUCAUAUCCUGUAUGUGUUCUACAUCCUCUCUGUUGCUGACUGACAGCCUUUACCUGCCUCUCAUCUACAACCUGAUGCUGGGAAUGUUAAAUCAACAAAUCUUUGAACAUAAGUACAGAGAACAUCUUGGAAACUGGAGAUUGGCCAGAAACUUACAUAACACCUUUUGGACAUGUCCCACCUUAUGAAAUCACAAGAAGAAUAUACAGUGCCCUCCAAAAGUAUUGGAACAGUGAGGCGAAUUCCUUUAUUUUUGCUGUAGACUG